AUGUCCGUGAUGCAACGCCGGCGUGCGGCUGAUGGGAAUGGUUCAGGAGAAAUGGCCAAUGCAAGGACGGCCGAUGAAAUGCUGGAAGACCUGAUGGAGGAUCUCAACAAUGCCUCAUCAGGAACAGCCGCAGUGAGGUCAGUACGGGUGGUGGGAAACAGGGAUCAAGCCCAACCUGAGGGUGGAACCCAAGAGGUGGUCGGUGCUGGGGCCGCAGAAGCUCAACCGCAUGGCCAUCAAGGGGGAGCCCAAGGUGUGAUGGAAGGCUUGUCGCCUGACCAGCAGGCCGUGCUUCGACAAGCUGCUGAAGUUCUUCGGACUGGGGUGCAGCUGCAGUGGCAGGCUGCUCCGCCGGCUGCUCUGGUGGAUGCAGGAAGGCGACCUGAACAUCUUCGAGGGGGCCAACAACAAGCUGAACGAGCUGGAGGCAUGGAUCCAGGUGAAGGCCAACGAGGCGAUCAAAGAGCUCAAGGGGUUGGUGACGGAGGUCUUUUGGAUCCUCUUGCACUUCCUGCCGGCGGCUUGGAGCCAUUGGUGCGCUUCGACCUGAAGGUCUACCCCCUGCUCCACAAGGUGAUCCUGUGGUUUUGGGUCCUGCUGGGCCGCAUGCAAGUGAACAACAAGGGCAUCCUUCUGCACUGGUGCAACAUGCUGGACAUCAACCUGGUUCUGGUCAACUUCUUCGGCAUCCUUCUGAUUCAGGGUUUUAAAGAAGUUGAAGCCCAAAUUCAAAGGGAAAUGGAAAAACGUAAAGGGGAAAAUAGCGGUAGUGGCUCAUUCCAAAGUGUUUUGGGGGAAGUAGGUGUAGUUCAGGGUUCAAAAACCCCUGUGGAUCCGGCUCUUGGCCAACUGGUGACUCCUCCGGGUCUUCCUGGCCUUCCUGGUCCAGCUGUGCCUGCUGCUGCUGCGCCGGCGCCUGUGGUGAGCGUUGGCGAGAACCUCAACGAGAACCCGAGGAACUUGGAGCUGCCUAAGCUGUCCCCUGACAGCACUUCGGUGGACUUUGGCGACUGGCUGGCCAUUGUGGGUCCGUUGAUGUCGGAUCUGAGUGGCACGAGCAGUCAGUGGUGGGCUUUGGUGUUGGACGCUGCGGCCAAGACCUAUGCAGCGUGGGUGACAUCAACGCCGCUCCAAAGGUUGCGCCUGAAGGUGGUGUCUCCUGCUGAAUCGGCGAAAUGGCCAAGGAAGCUGCAAAGCGUGGAGAUCCUCUAUGCCCUUCUGUGUCGUUUUCAACCAGGUGGAGUUCAUGAAAAACCGAGCUUGCUGAAGGACCUCACGGAGAACCGACUGGGUGCCAAUGCGAACAUCCACGGGCUCUUGCAGACCUUGCGGGUGUGGUGCAUCAAAGGGAGCUACGACGUCUUCACCAACGACGCCUUUGCCGAGCUCUUCACAUGGAUCUACGGCGACUUCAUCGUCUUCGCAUGGUACAUCGAGUCCAAGGCCAAUGGUGUUUUCAAUGGAGGUGACCAAAAACUGGCGUUGCUUGAUGGAGGAAAGGUGGAUGUAGCACGUUGUUGGCGAAGGACGAUGAAGCGGCGACCCAAAUUGGUCAAGAAGUUCGAACCUGGUGGAAAGAACGAUGCCCACAGGCAGCUGGAAUCGGCCAAAGCCAUUGUCUUGCACCUCUUCUCUGGGGACAAGGAGUCGAGCAGAAAGUGGUUGGAGUUGCAGAAGCUGGGCUAUGGGGUGAUCACCUUGGAUGCCGAAAGGGUUCAUGGAGACACGGCACUGGUCCUGAAGAUGUUGGCCCUCUAUGAGGAGAUGGAGACAAGCCAGCCAGAUGCCAACCAGUUUCUCCUUGAGCACCCUGAGGACCCAUGCGCGUACCUUGGAGAACAGGUCCUGAAGUUCAACGUUCAGAAGAAGUUCAACAUGCUGGUCAAGUUCCACGUUCUGGUGGAGAUGACAGCCCCAAAGAAUGUCUUCCAGGUUAAGGUGCUCAUGGUGAAAAAGUUCAUGCAGGCCCUGUUGAACCUGUUCCGUCAAAAGGUGAUGGAUGUGAUGAUGAAAAAGAUGGUGGAAAACUUGGUGAUGCUCUUCCAGCUGACCCUCUUGCUCGGCUACCAGAAUUGGGGGGAGAAGUCAGAAACCCUGAGCUACCUGAAGGAGAAGAUGGGAGAUUCAGUGAAGAUCAGAAAAAACUUGGGGAGAAAUGUUGGCGAAAUUUGUGCGAGGAUGGGCAGGACGUCGAGGUUUGUAGCAGACCUUCACGUCAGGAAUGGCCCUCAGUGGCACGACACUCUUCUGAGGUUAGGUCUUGAAGGUCAGGUUCCAGGCUCCGUGCCUGCGGAAGGGGGUGAUGGUGAAGGAUCACAAUAUGAGCCUAGCAUCUAUGAAGGUGAUGAUGAUGGAGAGCGCAUGGAAGAGGUGGAGUACCCUGACAUGAAUGACAUUUGGGGGGAGGCCCAUGGUCCGGGGGAGCCCUCUGCUCUUCGAGCUCUUCAUGGUGAUGAUGGUGAACCUAUGGUGGUUCCGACCAACUUGGUCGGGUGGGAGUCCAGGUGCUUUUCAACCGCACAAACAACACAAGCUGCUGAUGCUGGGGCGACACCACGGUUUGGAAAUCCUGAUGGUGGAACCUUGGGAUCUAUGUCGUCUUCAAGUUCAACAUUGCGGGUGAGCACAUCAAGGUCUACUCGUUCAACCUUCAGUGCAACUUCAACUUUGGGUCCAAGCUCAACCUUGCCAAGUAUGACAAGUUCAUCAAGUAUGACGUCCAAUGGCGGUGCAAUCGAACGCUGGCCUCUUGGUGAUUCCGUUGAUGACUAUGAGAAGAUGCUCCAACGAGAACAUCAGGGAUGGACUGCAGCGUUUCGAGAGGAGUCGCAACGCCUCCCAAUGGAUGGUGAUGGAGGUGGUCGCCAAGGUCAACUGAUGAAGAACCUCAAGGUUCAUGUCUAUGUCUUGGAGGAGGAGUUGGAUGUAGUGAACAAAAUGGUCGUUGAAUGUGAGGAGCGAAAGUGUCUGCUGGCUGCGCUCAACCUUAACGAUGUGGGAGACGCCGAGAGCGAUCAGUUUGAGAUGCCCGUGGAGCCACAGGUCCUCCAGACCCAAACUGUGCCUCUGAAUGAAGUUAUGGCCAACCUUCCAGAAUGGGUUGAUGCACUUCGAGCUGAAUACACGUGGAAGAUCUUCUUUGACUUCAUGCAAAUGGUGUGCAGCACAACUACUGCUCCGGUGGUCGACGAGGGCACCAAGCAUGUCAAGGCGCUGGUCUUGAAAAACGAGUUGACCAAAAUAGGUUCUCAAAACGCUGCUCCCGAAGCCAUGGAUGUUUUUUCAAGGGAAGAGGGCGACGACCGCUCUUGGGACAGUGGCGAACUUGUCGCGACUGCCAUGGGUCUUCUGAGGGACCUGCCUGCAGAAUGCCACGAAGGUGAAAGAUGGUAUGAAGAGGUGCCACAAUUGCGGGCAGUGCUGGCCGAAGAUGACGGUCUUUGGGAAUGCCAUGACGGUCGGGCUCCGGUGAUUGUCCUGACGGUCGGGCUUCGCAACUACAACCUGGAGAAUGUGGAGGCGCUCGGGCUGGAGCACUAUGUGGUGAACUUCCAGGCGACAGUCUUCAAGAUGAUGUGGAGUCCACGGCCGGUGGGGAAGGGAUGUUCCGACCUUUUUCAGCUCAAGGAAUACCUGGUGGAGCAGUUCUAUCGACUUGUCGGGGUGGAGCUCACUGUGGGAGGAGUGCCAAUGGUGGGAUACCGUCAAGGGAUCCCUGGUGUGGACUACUCCAUCGAGCUCACCAUCCGGAAUCCCGAUCAACCAGCUCCGAGGGUCAUCUACAGAGACCCCAGGGAGACAUACUACGAGAACGUCCCACCUCCAACGUCAAGUGCGACUGGAUCUGCGCCCAAUGAUCCGCCGACUGCCGACUCACCGGGUCCUGGUGAACCAGAGCCAGAGGCUGAGGACCUCACGGUGGAGGAGACGUCGUCUGAUGUCGAAGUGGUGAGUCCGAAGGUGAUGAGAAAGAUGGAAGUCAUGGUGCCGCACUACCUGCUGAACUUUACCACCAAGAUCGGGCUCAGCAUGUAUGUGAUGGAGGGCUUCAAGUUUCAAGAGAAUGUCAUGGCGGUCGGGCUUUGCAACCACCCGCUGGAGAAGAUCAUGGUGUCUGCGUAUGUCUGUACGCUCGGGCUUGGCAUCUUCAUGAUUGUGAAUGUCAGGGCUCUGGUGUAUGUCUUGACACUUGGCCUGAGCAUCUUCAAGGAUGUGUAUGUCUUGGCGCCGAAUGUCCUGACACUCGGGCUUCGCAACUAUGUGAUCCAGUAUGUGGCGACGCUUGGGCCCCGCUGCUGUGCUGUGCGACCUGCCACCUUUGGGCUCCGAGGUAGCGAUGAUCGGUACGAUGAUUGGUACGAUGAAAAGUACGAUGAUGUGGGGCUACUUCAUGGACGAGCUCUACAACCUCUUUGUGGUGAAGCCUUGCUGGGCUUCAAUGGUGCUGCAAGGGUGGAGGAGAUCUAUGGCUGCGAUUGGGCCACUCUACUUCCUGGACAUCAAGGGCUUUUGGAGCUGAUUGGCGCCAAGGAGAGCUCCGACAGUUCUCAAAUCAACAGCCUGACUGGCGAUCAAAUCUCCAGGCAUCAAUCGGGCAUGUCUGCCUACGGUGGUAGUCAUAGUGGUAGUUUCGUAGCUGCCAUGCUCUUCGCGCUGCCGACUUUGGUGACGGGACAGCCUGAUGAUGGUGGUCGCCGUGAUCAUGACGGAGACCUUGACGAGGCAUUCCUGUUCUUCUUCGUGCUGCUGGUGGGCUACACUGCAGUGGUGAUUUUGGGAGUGCUGGCAUGGCGCAACUACUCCAAUCGAGAAAUGGAUGAAUGGUAUGGGAAUGAUGUGACCAACAUCAACUACAGCGAUGAGGAGGCGAUGCCGACUCCGAGACUGAGGAGAAGGAGGACCACGGGAAACUCUUCACAGGGUUCUGGAGAUGGCCGAACCGCAUCACCGGCUUUCUCUGAAGCUGAUGGGCCGCCAAUUCAAGAUCCGGAGAGAGAGCCUUUCAACUUGUGGCGCUCUCCCUACGAGUUCGAGGAGGACGACAUGCCUGCCAUCCCCGAGAUAUGGGCGAGACUCCGCCCGGCUACGCCAUCUCCUUCGGCCUGCCCGGCCGAGGAGAGUCAAGAAGAGACAUCAGUGGCCUCUACGCCGGGGACUGCUGACGUCAUGGCUGACGAGUUCAAGGAGGAAGAGAUGGAUCCUGGACACCACCAAUGGCUUUGCAGCCGCGAUGGUAUGGGCCUCCACCUGGUCCACCACAAGGACCUUCACCUCAAGGACUACAACAAGGUCCACUUGGUCCACAACAUGGUCCACAAGGCCUACAACAAGGGCUACAACAUGGACACCAAGGAGAAGGACUUCAAGAUGCUGGCGGCGCGCCACCAAAAGCCGUUACACAAGCCGUUCAGGCUCCUGCAGAUAAUGAGCCUCAAGGGGGCGACCUGGCUGAGCCAGCAGGCGAAGGGUGAGUCUGACGAGGUACCCCGGCCGACCAUCUUUACAGCCGCUUUUGGCACGGUCUAUCAUGUGAGGCCGAGCUGCGGGAAACUUCGAUGUGCCUCGCGCAUCUUCAGGCAUGAGGCGUUCACGCCUUGCCCAUGCGGGUCUUUGCAGCGUGGUGGGAUGGUCUACAUCCUGGACAACAAGUACCACACUGUGAGCCACAGUGGCUUCCCAAUGCCACGGAGGGCCUGUGCUGAGUGCGCCGGCUGA